AUGGAGGCUGUUGAACGAAUGAAGGGAAAGCGAGUAAUUAAGCCGAUUGUAUAUGGUAACACAGCAACACCUUUUGGCUAUAAGCGAGAGUCUGAUCAGCAUACUCACCAGUGGACGGUAUUUCUCAAGAUGUUUAAUGAUGAGGAUCCAACCGAGUUCAUUCGCAAGGUUCAGUUCAAGCUCCACGACAGCUACGCCGUCAACACAAGAGUCUGUGAGAAGCCUCCCUACGAAGUUACUGAAACAGGUUGGGGAGAGUUUGAAGUCCAAAUGCGUAUAUACUUCGUGGACGUCAAUGAAAAACCUGUGACUGUCUUUCACUACCUCCGUCUCUUUCAACCAGUCGUGAAUCUCCCUAAUGGGUCCACUCAAGUCAUUACGGAGCAUUACGAUGAGAUUGUUUUCCAAGAACCGACAAUACCUAUGUAUAAAGCGUUGAUGAUUGGAGAAGGAAAGAAACACGACAGGAAGAAGUUCCAUACUGAU